CUUCAGUGCAAACAAUUUCUUAACCUCACAAUUUUAUACUUGCAAGUUUUUCGGUUUUUAAAUAGUUUUUUAAUCUUUUUAAAUCUUAUUAUAAUUAUAUUAAAAAAUGAUUGCAGUUCAAGGAAUAUCGGGAAUUCCCGACAAAAUGUGGCAACCGCCUUUUAUACAGUUUGAUACAACAAUGGGAGAAUUUGUUGUGGAACUGUACUGGAAACACGCCCCCCAAACAUGUAGAAACUUUGCAGAGCUUACCAGGCGUGGAUACUAUAACAACAUAAUUUUUCACCGAAUUAUCAGAGAUUUUAUGAUACAAGGGGGAGAUCCUACAGGUACAGGAAAGGGAGGAAUGUCGAUAUACGGACAAACAUUUAGAGAUGAAAUUCAUCCAGAGUUAAAACAUAGCGGAGCAGGGAUUUUGUCGAUGGCAAAUUCGGGUCCUGAUAGUAACGGUAGUCAAUUUUUUAUAACGCUAGCCCCGACGCAAUGGUUAGAUGGAAAACAUGCAAUAUUUGGCAGGAUACACUCAGGUAUGCAAGUUAUAAAAAGGAUAGGACUCGUAGAGACUGACAAAAAUGACAGACCAGUAGAUGAUAUAAAAAUAGUUAGAGGCAGGGUUCUUAAAAGCUAAGUUAAAAAAACAAGUUACAAAAACUGAUUUUAUUUUAUAUUCUUUCACGAUCAUAAUAUAGACCUUAAGAUAUAAAUGGACUUUCAUAAAGUAAUUAUUAUAUUCCUUAUUAAGAAAUCAUAUCAUUCAAAAACUAUGAAAAAAAAAAUUAUAAACGCCAAUAUAAAAAUAUAUAAUCUUAAUAUCUUUUUGAUUAAAUCUGAACAAGAUAUAAAAUAAGUCAAAACAAAGAUGAUUUUCUACCGAAAUAUAAAUGGUUUAGUAAAGAUGAAUA